AUGGCCGACUCCCUAUAUGAACUGCUGGCUCCCCAGCUGGCUUCGACCAACACCUCCGCGCGGGCACCCGAACAAGAUACGACUACGGCUCAGUAUCUGAAUCGACUAUCGACCCUCUCUCUGCAGGCGUUGGAAACGACUGAGCCUCAAUCAUUGGCCCAAUCUUCGCAUUCUACUCUCCUGUCUCUUCAGGCUCUGUCCAAUCGUUCCCACAAAGCAUUCAUCACGUCCGCAGACCACCUCGCGAAUCUCCGCACUGCUAUCCCCCAGUUAACCCGCGAUGCACGACAGCUCCAGAACGCGAUUCCCAAACUCGACGAAGAAGCGGUUCAGUUCUCCUCGAAAUAUAGCCGAACGGCUGAGAAUGUCACGCUAGACCGACGCAAGAAGGCCAUGCAGCUGGCGAGAAACGUGGACCGACUCUCGGACAUUUUGGAAUUGCCUACUCUGCUGUCUACGGCCGUCUCCUCGGCGGCAGCAAGCUCCGGAGUCGCAGGCACCUCGUCCUCUACGACAUACUCUUCCGCUCUAGACCUGUACGCCCAUAUCAAAAGACUACAAACUUUGUAUCCGGAUUCACCUUUGGUGAAGGAUGUCGCCGCCCAGGCCGAGGAUGCGAUGAAGGACAUGACAACGAAUCUUAUUACUGGUCUUCGAACACAGAAUCUUCGACUAGCAGCUGCUAUGCGGACGGUGGGUUGGUUGCGUCGUGUGGCACCCGAAUUAGAGAACCUCAACAACGAUGGAGGAACGGGCACUGGGGAAGGUGCACUCGGAGCCCUUUUCCUGAUCUGUAGACUGGCAAACCUCGUGUCCACCCUGGAGGCUCUAGAUCCUUUACGGGAACUGGCAGACCAGGAAACACAGCGCAGAAAUCGCCAGUCGGACAAACAAGAUGGCACCUCGCAUGCCUGGUCGGGAGGCCACCAGACGGAGAGGUUCUUGAAACGAUACAUUGAAAUUUUCCGCGAGCAAAGCUUUGCUAUCGUCUCUCUGUACAAGAACAUUUUUGUUCCCGACCAGUCGGAAUCAGAGCUAGCCGUCGCAGGGGUACGGGGGCUCGAUGCACGGAUGAGAACGGCAUCAUCGCGACAGAUUCGCAAAGAUGACCCUCUACAAUGUAUCCCGUCGGCUCUGGCAACUUUUCCCAUGCACUUGGUCCAGUUGCUCACCGACACCUUGCGAUCCUAUCUCCCCAAUGUCCAGGACAAAAGCUCCCGCGAGAGCCUUCUAACCCAGGUCCUCUACUGUGCUGCCAGUCUGGGACGACUCGGAGGUGAUUUUGGCAUGAUCCUGACAGAAUUGAGCGAUGCAGAAGACGACGAGAGCGAGGGAGUAGCCUGCGAGUGGGAAGAAUUGAUGAGGAAGCAUAGGGCGCUGGCAGGGCGCCUGGAGCAGCUCACGGGAGGAAAUGCCACCACGGGGUCCUCGAAUAAGGGGACCAUGCGAGUGGCAUCACCAGUCCAUUGA